AUGCCAUCGAGCAUUUCCGGUCGCCGCAAGGGCAGCAGGACUGCGCGCGCCAACAAGAAGCCUUCAAAUUCGAGUUAUGCUCCGUCGUCGUCGAUGCCUGUUCCCUUGCCAGCGAUCGCCGAGUCAGCACAGUCGGCGCCAGCUGUUGCUGCCCGCAUUCUUUCGGCCAGAUCUGGUGUGUCCUCCAAGCAAAAGACAGAGCCAACAAGAACGCCGACUGGCAACGAAAUGGCGAUAGUGCAGAAAGGCAAGAAUCCACCCAAUGUUUUCGACUUUCUACAGGAGGAUGACUCCUCGCCAACGUCCUCAGACAGUGACUCGGAUCACGAAGGGUUACAAGCCCUUGCUGACUCGCAACCAAGACGGGGCUCCAGGAAUGGGCAUUCCUCAUACCUUGUAUCUCCAGAAUCCUCUUUCCGCGCAAGCAGCCCCGAGCAGGCCUUUUCUGUUACUUCGAGAGACUCGACCGGGACCGAUGUUGACGCGACAACUUCUCCAGACGGUUCACCUGCCACCGCAUAUUUGCGUUUAGCCAAUAAACACAACCUUCAAAAGAUAGCACAAACGCGAAGUCGGCUUAACAGUGCGAAUCAAGUACAAACUUCGCCAACCGGCGACGAGGAACCCGACUAUUCGGCUCCUGAAGAUUAUUACUUGACUGAGCGUCGGCACUAUCAUCGUCAUCAACAUCCACAACCAUCGCACAACGGCGAAAGAAAACACCGGAAAGACAGACACAAGUCUCAAAGACAAUUCUCAUCGUCGUCUCAGGAAGAAGAAGGUGAAAGAGGUGCAGGCACACUAGUGACAACAACCGAGACACGAAAGAAUAACAAACUCGCCAAGACAGAAAGAAACAAUAUAACAGAGUCUAGACCAUCCUCAGGAUACGCUCUUUUAGCCUCCAAACUGGAUUCUUCAGCUGCAUCGUCUUCGUUUUCUUCAAAAACUGGCUCAACUUCUAGACUAGUUCCAGUAUAUCGACGCUUUGAAAAUGUGAACCAUCGAAUUCUUCUCUAUCUACAGGAUGAGAUCUCUCAAAUGGAGGAAGAGCUCCAGAUCCUAGAUGAAUAUGAAGCUAAACAUCGCACCGCCAUCGCCGAGAAGGAGGAAACAGAACGGUUGGAGCCGGCUUCACAUCGCAUGGAUGUGGAAGCUCGAGGGUAUUCCGCGUUUCAUGCGAGACGCCUAGAGCUCGUUGAUAGACUUGCAUAUAAAGUCAACCAAUACAACGACGCUCUCUGCAGUUAUACCAGAUUGCGCCAAAUACCCAAAGCCUCAUCCAAAGACAUCCAAACAUACCAAGCCUGGAUGAAGGAACACACGCCCAUUGCUAAGACCGAGACUCGAUUCCUCGAACACGAACUAGAUCUUGUUUCUCUAAAUACAACAAGCAAUAAUGAAGCGACGACUGCCAAGGAUAAUAACAAUAAUGGUAUUCUCUACUUUAUAAUUGGCGUGAUGUCAGCUGCACUAUUAUUACCGCUUUUGGCUUAUUGA